ACACGUCUCUCAUUCUGAGCAUCUUUCCGUCAUGGCGACUGUUUGGGCUAGAACCGUCUCUAAGCUGACGGCGCUGUCUGUUGUCUUCCUGCUGCUGCUGUGUCUGCCACCCGGGGGAGGACAGAAGAAGAAGGAGAAUGUGCUCUCGGAGAAGGUGGACCAGAUGAUGGAGUGGUCCUCUCGCCGUUCGGUCGUGAGGAUGAACGGUGACAAGUUCCGUCGCUUUGUCAAGGCCCCACCCAGGAACUACUCUGUCAUCGUCAUGUUCACCGCCCUGCAGCCUCAAAGACAGUGUUCCGUCUGCCGGCAGGCGAACGAGGAAUACCAAGUCCUGGCAAACUCGUGGCGUUACUCGUCUGCAUUUUCCAACAAGCUGUUCUUCACCGUGGUGGACUACGAUGAGGGAGCUGAUGUUUUCCAACAGUUGAACAUGAACAGUGCUCCAACCUUCAUGCAUUUCCCGGCCAAGGGGAAGCCGAAGAGGGCUGAUACAUUUGACCUGCAAAGGAUUGGCUUUGCUUCAGAGCAGCUGGCCAAGUGGAUUGCAGAUCGCACAGAUGUCCAGAUUCGUGUCUUCCGUCCUCCUAAUUAUUCAGGGACCAUUGCGUUGGCUCUGUUAGUUUCUCUGGUUGGAGGUCUGCUGUAUCUGAGGAGGAACAACUUAGAAUUCAUAUACAACAAGACUGGAUGGGCCAUGGCUGCACUGUGUGUCGUUUUUGCAAUGACAUCCGGUCAGAUGUGGAAUCAUAUCCGUGGCCCUCCCUAUGCCCACAAGAACCCCCAGAACGGACAAGUGAGUUAUAUUCAUGGCAGCAGUCAGGCUCAGUUUGUGGCCGAGUCUCACAUCAUCCUUCUUCUGAAUGCUGCAAUCACCAUGGGGAUGGUGCUGCUGAAUGAGGCGGCCACCUCAAAGGGAGACGUCGGCAAGAGGAGAAUCAUCUGCCUGGUUGGCCUUGGCCUGGUGGUGUUUUUCUUCAGCUUCCUGCUCUCCAUCUUCAGGUCCAAGUACCAUGGAUACCCUUACAGGUAA